CACGUUAUGACUAAUAUCCUCCCUUUUGUCUUGCAGAGGCUGCCAUAAAACAUGAGGCUAAAUGAAAAGCUGAUCAGGCCCUUCCAAGCUCCUGCCACUGUCCGAAAAUUCUCAAGUAGUCAGGUGUUCUUGUUCAGAAGCAAUGGACAAUCUGAUUCCGAGGACUCGUCAGAGGAGGAAUUUGAUGCCAUGGAAUUACGAGCAAGGGGGAAGGAGCCACAGCAAGGCAGUUCUUCCCAGAAAGGAGUUGGGGAUGUGCAGCUUCUGGAACGAGUCAUUAAAAAGGAUGACAACCUCAACAAGUUGGCUCUGCAGUAUGGGUGCAAAGUUGCAGAUAUCAAGCGGGUUAAUAACUUUAUCCAGGAACAAGACUUUUAUGCUCUGCAAUCCAUCAAGAUUCCAGUCAAGGUUAAUGGACUACUCACAGAAACCAGGGAUGAGUUGCUGCCCCUUCAGACUGCUGUUCUGCUACCUGAACUCUCUGCAUCCAUAGAUCCAGAUAACAGGAAUGGUGACAACGAACAAAUUGAUCAUUAUUUCAGAGGGAUUGACCAAAACAUUGAAAAUGUGACACGGAUGGAAAUCCCUCCAUGCACAGACCACGACACUGAAUCUUCAAAUUGGUCAUCUCUGGGGCAGAAAGCAACCUGUAAUGGAGCAGAUUAUGGGAUCCAGUGGUGGAAAGCAGUCUUUGUUAUGCUUCUGAUAGGGAUUGUUUUGCCUGUGUUUUAUAUUGUCUAUUUUAAGACCCAGCAGCAACUGGACAUGGUUCCCAAUACCACCAACACAACAGAUCCCAUUAAGAGCUCAGUGAAGAGUUCAUUGGUGGGAAGAUCAAACCAUGUUGGGCAAGAAGAAAGCACCCCCACUGCCCACACCACCAAACAAGCUUUCAUCCCAUCAGGGGGAUGACCCCAUCUGCCCCCCCAAAUGAGCUGGAAAUGACAACAGAUUGUUUUCCACAAGUAUUGCAUCAGCAGACCACAGCUCUGUUUGUAGUUACUCAUGAACUUUGAAUGAAGAGCAGGCACGGGGAAAAAUCAGGGCAAAAUGAGUCAUGGAGGGUAACUAGUCAAUUAUGAUCCUGCUCCCACUGGGUAGGGAGAGUUGGGCCAUUUUUAAUACCAAAUAAGAGUACAGAAUCCUAACCCACUGCAAUAUCCUAUAAAUGCCCAUGUUCUCCUCACUAGACCUCAGCUACCAAAAAUCAUCUACUUUCCUCAUUCAUGUUCCCUUUUUGCUGUUAAAACAGAUUUCUCUUAACACUGUGCUAUUAGGGUAACUUUUCAGUGAAAGCACUGUUUUGGUGAUUAUCUCUAUUACUCUUGCAGGAUGUUGUGAUCUAUGGCCCUUUUGAAGAAAUUGAUCCAACCAGAUAAUCCAGAAAAAGCCAGAACGUUGCAUGUGUAUGGUUUUUAAAUUUAACCAACUGAUUAAAAACCAUGUUUGAGAUCUGCAAA